AUGGAUGUGGUCCUGAAAGACAGCUCUUUCCAACAGGCCAACACAUCCUAUGGUGUAAGAUCGUCUGGUGAAGAAGAGACUGUGAUUGGCAUUUACCUCCUGCUCCUGGGCUGGUUCUCAUGGUUGGGGAAUGGAGCUGUAUUCUGCAUUAUGUGUAGACGCUGGAAAACUUUGGACUCCCAGGAUCUUCUGACAUUUAACCUUGCAGUGUCUGAUGCUGGAAUCUCCAUUUUUGGCUACUCUCGAGGAGUUGUGGAGCUGUUUCAUGGACUAGGGAAAGAUGGUUUCUGGACUUGCAAUGUUGAUGGCUUUCUGAUACUCCUCUUUGGCCUGAUUAGCAUUAACACUCUUACAGCAAUCAGUCUCCUUCGCUAUGCCAAGGGAUGCCGUCCCCAUCAAGCUCACAAAGUGGAUAAAGACUUCAUUUCAGUGGCCAUUCUUGUCAUCUGGAUCUCUGCUAUUAUCUGGGCUGGAUCUCCAGUUUUGGGUUGGGGCAGCUUCAUAGAAAGCAAGUAUGGUACAUGUGAAAUAGACUGGUCUCUUACCACAAGUUCCACACCAUACAAAUUUUACGUCAUCGGUGUCUUCCUUUCGGGCUUCUUCAUUCCAGUGAUGAUAAUGAUCUCCUGCUAUGUGUCAAUCAUCCGGGCUGUUCAGGAAAGCCACAGAAGUUCACGUGGUGGGGAUAUCAGUCAGCGGCAACUAAUGAUAGAAAGGCAAAUCACACGGGUGUCAUUUGUUAUCUGCACAGCAUUUGUGCUAGCAUGGUCUCCAUACGCUGUUAUAUCGAUGUGGUCGGCUUGUGGUUAUCAAGUGCCAGCACUUACCACAGUGGUAGCCACACUCUUUGCCAAAUCAGCAAGUUUCUAUAAUCCAAUGAUAUACUUGGGCCUUAGCCCUAAGUUUCGACAUGAGCUUCGCGCCUUGCUUUGCUGCACACCACAAAAGAAAGAUCUGCCUUUAGAUUGUGAACAACCAGUGAAGCCCUAUGAAGAAUCUAAGAGACAGUCAGAGGACUCCAGACAAACCAAUCGGAGGACAGAAAACAUCAUGAUGACUAAAAGCUCUUUAUCGCAACAGAAUAAUAUUGCAAAUGAAGGGUCAGAAAAUGGAAAAGUAUGA